AAAACUGAUUUUUUUCCCCAAAACUAUGAUUUUAACAAAACACACGAAUGCCGUGAUGCCAAAUUGAAAAUAUUCGGAAGUAGUAGUUAUCAGUUGCGUGUUUCGGUUUCGAACCGUCUUCUCAAUAAAUGAUCUCUGACGUAAUGCACCACUUCCGGGUUGAUGGUGUUUGUUGCCGCCAAACUUUUGAGCUGCACAGCUGCAGCAAUAAGCCGUUCCGCGUGGCGCCACUUUCACAUCCCGCCUUCGUUUAGUCCCACAGGACGGACUUUAUUCCUUCGCAAAAUGUCUCUCACCCCGAAGAGGCCUCGCUCCGAUCAAAUGAACGACUCCAUGGAGAAGAGGAUAAAGCGGAUCUCAAUCGAGGGGAAUAUCGCUGCCGGUAAAUCGACAUUUGUACGCCUUCUGGAUCAGGAGUGCUCGGACUGGGAGGUAGUACCGGAGCCCAUCGCCAGGUGGUGCAAUGUGCAAACAAGCGGCAGCGACUUUGAGGAGCUGACGUCGUCCCAGAGAUGUGGCGGCAACGUGCUGAAGAUGAUGUACGACAAGCCCGAGAGGUGGGCGUACACCUUCCAGAGCUACGCCUGCAUCAGCCGCGUGCGCGCCCAGAUGCGCUCGGCCAACGGGAAGCUGCGAGAGGCGGAGGAUCCCGUGCAGUUCUUCGAGCGCUCCAUCUACAGCGACAGGUACAUCUUUGCGGCCAACCUCUACGAGAGCGAGUGUCUGAACGAGACGGAGUGGUCCAUCUACCAGGACUGGCACGGCUGGCUGCACGGCCAGUUUGGCCAGCACAUCCGGCUGGAUGGUAUCAUCUACCUGCGAGCCCCACCGGAGAAAUGUCUGGAGCGGCUGCACUUGCGAGGUCGUGAGGAAGAGCAGGACAUCCCUCUGGAGUAUCUGGAGAAGCUCCACUUGAAGCACGAGAGCUGGCUGCAGCACAAGACCAUGACGACGGAUUUUGAGUACCUGAACGAGGUGCCGGUUCUGACGCUGGACGUGACGGAGGACUUCAAAGGCAAGAAGAGCAAGAGUGCCGACAUGCUGGAGAAGGUGAAAGACUUCCUGAGCACCUUGUGAGACACUAUCUCCAUCCCUUCAGAGACUUUUUAUGAUGUUUUUAAUUAUGACUUGAAUGACAUUUUUGGACUUUUUAGCAACAGCUCUCGAGCGUGUGUUUUCAGGUUCCGCCAGUCAUGUGACGACGCCUCGGAAAAUGAAAUCAAACAUCAAAUAAAAUGGACUUUGUUUUCCAAAGAUCAAAAAAUCCAAAUGUUUUCACAGAUCUCAACACUUGCCACCAUCAAAUGUAUUCAAGGAAUGAAAAGCUAGACAGGUGGCAUCAAUGAUUGUUUCACGCCAAAUCACGAAGAAUGUGCUGGUAAAUGUGUAAAUAAAAUGUCUUCCACUGUAAAAGAACAUUUGUCAACACUGUUGAAAGUAAACUGUAUUCAGUAUUGUACAAACUCCUUGGCAGAGGCAAUAAAAAAGUUUCGGUAA